AUGGCGAACGUAAUGACUCCAGAACAGAAAUAUGAACUCAUAACAAGAAACCUUCAAGAAGUACUGGGUGAAGAAGAAAUUUUAAAUAUUUUAAAGGAAAGAGAUUUAAAACUCUAUUGGGGCACAGCUCCAACUGGCAAGCCACAUAUUGGUUACUUUGUUCCAAUGUCAAAAAUUGCUGACUUCUUAUCUUCUGGAGUCGAGGUUACUAUUCUUUUAGCUGAUAUUCAUGCGUUUCUUGAUAAUAUGAAAGCACCUUUGGAACUUGUAAAUCAUCGAACAAAAUAUUAUGAAGUACUUAUUAAAACUGUUCUUGAAUCAAUCGGCGUACCUAUCGAUAAAUUAAAAUUUGUUGUUGGCUCAACUUACCAACUUACUAAAGAAUAUAGUAUGGAUAAUUAUAGAUUAUGUGCUACUGUAACAGAACAUGAUGCAAAGAAAGCUGGUGCUGAGGUUGUCAAACAAAUUGAGUCUCCUCUAUUAUCAGGAUUAUUAUACCCUGGAUUACAAGCAUUAGAUGAAGAAUACUUAAAAGUAGAUGCUCAAUUUGGUGGUGUUGAUCAAAGAAAAAUUUUUGUAUUUGCUGAAAAAUAUUUACCUCAUCUUGGGUAUAAAAAACGCGCUCAUCUUAUGAAUCCUAUGGUUCCUGGUCUUGCUGCUACUGUGACUCGUAAAUUGAAAAAAGCUUUUUGUGAGGAAGGUAAUAUUACUGAUAAUGGUGUUCUUUCCUUCAUAAAAUUUGUCUUAUUUCCACUCGGUUCGCUUAAUGGUCAAACUCCGAAAUUCGUGAUUAAUCGUCCUGAAAAAUUUGGUGGUCAAGCUAUCUAUACUGAUUAUCAAUCAUUAGAAGAUGAUUUUCGUGAUAAAAAAAUUCAUCCUGGUGAUUUAAAAAAUUCGGCAUCGGAUUGUAUUAACAAAUUAUUGGAUCCUAUUAGAAAAAAAUGGGCAUGCGAUCCUGAACUAUCGAAAUUAACUAGCAAAGCAUAUCCUGAGCCAGGUAGCAAAAUAACAAAAAAGAAAGAAUCAAAAAAACAUAAUCAACCACCUAAAGGUUCUAACACUCCUACAGAGUUGCCUGUGGAUGUUUCAAGGAUAGCGGAGAAUCAUCCGAAAAACGCCAAAUCUUAUGUAUCGACUGUUGAUGUUGGUGACGCAUCUGGUAACCCACGAACUGUAGUUUCAGGUCUUGCUAAUCAUAUUCCAUUGGAACAACUCCAAGGUCGUUAUGUUGUUGCCGUAUGUAAUCUAAAACCUGCAAGGUUACAAGGUAUUGAAUCUCAAGCUAUGCUUCUUGCUGCUUCUUCGCCAGAUGGCACUCAAAUUGAAUUAUUGGAUCCACCUGUGGAUUCUGAAAUUGGUGAACAAAUAGUUUGGAAAGGCUUUGGUUCUGCAAAAAGAGAUAAUGAAAUAUUAAAUCCUAAACAAAAAGUAUUUGAUCAAGUUGCUGAAGGACUUCGAGUAAAUGAAGAGGGUGUGGCUAUGUACAAAGAUAUUCCUUUUGAGACUAGCAAAGGUGUAGUGACUGUAAAAACCUUAAAGGAAGGUACUAUUCGAUAG